GGUGGUUGAGUUCAAGAUGGAGGAGAGCAUGAAGAAGGCUGCUGAAGUUCUGAACAAGCACAGUCUUGGUGGGAGACCCCUGAAAGUGAAAGAAGACCCCGACGGGGAGCACGCCAGGAGGGCCAUGCAGAAGGUGAUGGCAGCAGGAGGGAUGGGCAUCGGGCCCGGCCCUGGUGGCCCUGGCAUGAUCAACAUCCCCCCCAGCAUCCUGAACAACCCCAACAUCCCCAACGAGAUCAUCCACGCCCUGCAGGCCGGCCGCCUCGGCAGCACCGUCUUCGUGGCCAACCUGGACUACAAGGUGGGCUGGAAGAAGCUGAAGGAGGUGUUCAGCAUGGCCGGGGUGGUGGUGCGGGCCGACAUCCUGGAGGACAAGGACGGCAAGAGCCGCGGCAUCGGCACCGUCACCUUCGAGCAGGCCAUCGAGGCCGUGCAGGCCAUCUCCAUGUUCAAUGGGCAGCUGCUCUUUGACAGACCCAUGCACGUCAAAAUGGAUGAACGAGCCUUCCCCAAGGGAGAUUUCUUCCCUCCAGAGCGACCCCAACAACUCCCUCAUGGUCUUGGUGGUAUUGGCAUGGGAUUAGGACCUGGAGGUCAACCUAUUGAUGCAAAUCAUAUAAACAAAGGCAUGGGAAUGGGCAACAUGGGACCUCGAGGAAUGGGAAUGGAAGGCAUGGGCUUUGGAAUGAAUAAAAUGGGAGGAAUGGAAGGUCCCUUUGGUGGCAUGGAGAACAUCGGCCGCUUCCCCGGCGGGAUGAACAUGGGCAGGAUGAGCGAGAUGGAUCGAGCCAUGGGAGGGGGAUUUGAGAGGGAGUUUGGAAGAAAUGAGAUGGGAAUGUCCCGGAGUUUUGGAGAGCCCCUGGAGAGGGGAAUAGGUGGUGGCAACGCCAGCAUCCCUGGCAUCGAGAGGAUGGCGCCUGGCAUCGAGCGCAUGGGCUCGGGCAUCGAGCGGCUCCCGGCGGGGAUGGGGCACGGCAUGGAGCGGGUGGGCUCGGACAUAGACAGGAUGGGGCUGGUGCUGGACCGCAUGGGCUCCAACGUGGAGCGCAUGGGCUCGGGCAUGGAGCGCAUGGCGCCGCUGGGCAUCGACCACCUGGCGCCCAACCUGGAGCGCAUGGGGCCGGGCAUGGAGCGCAUGGGGCCGGGCAUGGAGCGCAUGGGCUCCGGCAUCGGCUUCGGCAUCGAGCGCAUGGGCGCCGCCAUCGAGCGCGUGGGCGGCGCCAUGGACAGGAUGGGCUCGGGCGUGGAGCGCAUGGGGGCGGGCAUGGAUAGGAUGGGCAUCGGCCUGGAGCGCAUGGUGCCCGCCGGCAUGGGCGCGGGCAUGGGGCAGGUGAUAGAGAGGAUGCCCGCGGGGCUGGAGCGCAUCGGGGGCCCGCCCAUGGACAGGAUCGGGAUAGAGAGGAUGGGAGCCGCCCCCAUGGACAGGAUGGGGCUGGAGCGCAUCGGGGCCGCCAACAUGGAGAGGAUGGGGCCGCCCAUGGGGCAGGGCAUGGGGGCGGGCAUGGAGCGCAUGGGGCUGCCCAUGGGCGGCAACUUCGAGCGGCCCAUGGACAUGGAGCGGGGCAACUUCGCAGGGAAUUUUGCAGGGUCCCUGGGAGGAGCCGGCGGCCCUGCGCCCGGCGUGGCCCGGAAAGCCUGUCAGAUAUUUGUGAGAAAUCUGCCUUUUGAUUUUACAUGGAAAAUGCUGAAAGAUAAAUUCAAUGAAUGUGGCCACGUGCUCUAUGCUGACAUCAAGAUGGAGAACGGCAAGUCCAAGGGCUGCGGCGUGGUGCGCUUCGAGUCGCCCGAGGUGGCGGAGCGCGCGUGCCGCAUGAUGAACGGGCUGCAGCUGCGCGGCCGCGAGAUCGACGUGCGGAUCGACCGCAACGCCUAGGCACCCUGCAGGGCUGUGCUGCACCGCUGCAGGGCUGCACUGCUGCAGGGCUGUGCUGCACCACUGCAGGGCUGCAAUGCUGCAGGGCUGUGCUGCACCUCUGCAGGGCUGCACUGCUGCAGGGCUGUGCUGCACCGCUGCAAUGCUGCAGGGCUGUGCUGCACCUCUGCAGGGCUGCAAUGCUGCAGGGCUGUGCUGCAACACUGCGGGGCCGCACCGCUGCAGGGCCCGCGCCUCCGCCCUGCACCACCGCACCACUGCAGGGCUGCACCACACCUCUACAGCGCUGCCCUGCACCACUGCAGGGCUGCACCACACCUCUACAGCGCUGCCCUGCACUACUGCAGGGCUGCAACUCUGCUCUGCACCUCUGCAGGGCUGCAGCUCUGCCCCGCGCCUCCUCCUCCUCUCUGACUGGAUGUAAAGCUGUUCAGCCCGACCCGGUUGCUUUCUGGAGUAAUUUUAAGUCCUUUUUUUAACCGAGGGAGCCCCGUUUUACUGGUUUUUGCAUUGGAACUGCCAUGUGCACAAUCUUUUUUUGUAGUUGUGGAAUUUCCUUGACCUGACAGAUGUAAACAGUCUGACUUUGAUAAUAAAUGCCAGUUCAGUAUUUCA